GAGACGCACGCCACACGCACUCAGAUGCAUUACGCGCUUAAGGCGGGGAAAGCAAGCUCAAAGAACUACGACCGGCACGUCGCAGCGUAUGAGCGAUACUGGCCCCAGUAUCAGUUUGAGCGCUUACAGCAGUCUCCCGGACUUCCUCCCGUACCUGCGCAUCCGAUAACCGCUACCAAGACCUCCAUAUUUCUGAAGUAUGAGUGCAAUCGUCGAAAGAAUACAGCUGAUAGCGGGGAUGGAAGCACCGUCGGCAUCGAGAGUAUCAAGCAGUGCAUCAGCGCACUCGAGCAUUACCGCUUCCACCAUCAACACGAACCCGCUUACGCUCAAUGUCCCGAGGCGCAGAAACCAUUACGAACCGACGCGCGCAUCAAGCAGUUCGAGAUUUCGAAGAAAGCGAGUGAGCCCGAGCGCAUCAUGACGGGGCAGAAGGCGAAGGCGACGGGGACUUCAUCAGACACGUACACUGUCGAGGAGUUGAAGCGCAGCUCAAUGUGGUGCUUGAAGGGGCAAAAGACUGUGAAGGCGCUCCUAUUAGGAGUCCGUGACCGAUGCAUGCUCCUUCUCUCAACGAGCACCGCCUUCCGAGGUGACAGCACGCGCUCGCUGCUAUUCUCCGACGUGAGCAUGCGUGAUGUGCCCAUGCCUGAGUUA